AUGUACCUGCUGGACGACCCGUUGGCGGCCGUGGAUGCGCACGUCGGGUCGGACAUCUUCAAGCAGUGCAUCAAGACGGCGCUCAAGGGCAAGUUGGUCGUGUUGGUCACGAACGGGUUGACCUUUUUGAAAGAUUGCGACUCGGUCGUCGUGCUGGAGCAAGGACGCGUCGUGGAGCAAGGCACGUACCAGAGUUUGAUGGACUCGGCCGGUGGCGUGUUGGCCAAGAUGAUGGAAGGCAACUUGCACCAUGCACCACGUGACAACGUGUUGCAUCACUUUGAUGACAAGUCGGAAUUCCAUCGCCCAACCGAACAAGUUGUUGAAGAAAAAGGAAUCGACAGUGACAAGGGUGCCUUGAUCACGGACGAAGACCGUAGCACGGGGGAUGUCCCGUGGUCCAUAUACAGAGUGUGGAUCGACGCGUGUGGUGGCGUUGGUAUUGGCUGUGUGGUGGCUUUGCUGUACUUGGUGACGAGCUGCGUAAACUUGUCGGCGUCGUUCUGGCUGUCGUACUGGAGCGAGAACGCCGGCAAUUCGACCCACAGCCAAUUCUACUACUUCAACGUGUUCAUGGGGCUGAGUGCGGCCAGCAUUGGGAUGCUGUUUGUGCAGACGCUGGCGCUGUUUCUCGCGGGCCUGCGUGGGUCAGCCCACCUCUUCAGCGCGUUGCUCACCCGCGUGCUUCGUGCACCGAUGUCGUACUUCGACACGACGCCGCUCGGUCGCAUCAUGAACCGCAUGAGCAAGGACGUGUACGCUCUGGACGAAACGCUUCCGUCCAACUGGGGCAUGCUCCUCGGCGCCACGUUCUCGUUCAUCACGACCAUUGGCACCGUUGUCUACGCGACGCCGUGGUUCACGGUGCUCUUGCCGCCACUGGCAGCGUUCUACUACGUGAGCCAGCGAUACUACAUCAGCACGUCCCGUGAGUUGAAGCGGCUAGAUAGCAUCAGUCGGUCUCCAGUUGUCGCCUUGCUGACAGAAACCCUGGAUGGCAUCCCAACUAUUCGCGCCUUUGGCGUCGAACGGCAAUUUGUUGCACGGAACCAAGCCCUGCUGGACCGCAACCAACGCGCGUACGUCUUGAACAUAAGCGCGAAUUGCUGGUUGUCCUUGCGGCUAGAAAUCGUCGGGACAGUGGUCACGGCUGGCGCUGCCUUCUUCGCGGUCCUUGCCCAUGGAAAUCAUGCAGGUGUGGCGUUUGCUGGGCUGGCUGGUGUCGCGCUCUCGUGCACUCUGAACGUGACGCAAUACCUCAACUGGACCGUACAGAUCGUCAGCAUGCUCCAAACGCAGAUGAUCAGUGUCGAGCGAAUUCACGCGUAUUCCACGAUGGAAGUGGAGGCCGAUGGCCAUCCCAAGGCAAAGUGA